AAUGGAUAAAGGUUUUACAAUGACAACAUUCAACUGUAAAAAUGUUAAAAGGUCAAUCAAGUGUAUUAAAGAUUUAUGUUCCAAAUCAGAUAUAGUGGCGCUUCAGGAGACGUGGUUGUUGCCGAAUGAUAUUUCAUAUCUUAGCAGUAUUGACCCUAACUUCGGGUACACGGGGAAGUCGGCGGUGGAUAUAUCAGCUGGAAUGCUGCGAGGGCGGCCCUACGGAGGGGUGGCCUUGCUGUGGAGGAGCAGCGUGUUCGACAAUGUAUCAGUGUUACCGUGCGAUAAUUCGCGAGUGUGCGCUAUUAAGAUAAUAACAAGUGAUCGGCCUAUAAUCGUAGUGUGUGUGUACAUGCCUACCGACUCGAAGGAAAACUUGCCGGAGUUCACGGAUUGUAUGGGUACGGUGAGUGCGAUUGUAGAUGAGUACGGUGUGGAUUGUGUUUACAUCCUGGGUGACUUUAAUGCCCAUCCAAAUGAGUUAUUUUAUUAUGAACUUUUAAAUUUUUGUACUGAUCAACAGUGGACUUGUAUAGACAUUGAUAAGUUAGGCCUGCACUCAGGCACGUAUACGUUUGUGAGUGAGGCCAACGGCUCAAAACGUUGGCUUGAUCAUUGUUUAGUCACGGACGCAGCCCGUGACUCUGUCACAGACGUUUAUGUUAAGUAUGAUGUGUUAUGGUCAGAUCAUUACCCAUUAAUAGUACAAUGUAAACUUAACAUAAUCAGCAAAAAACUAAAAACAUCACAAACUGGGACAAAUAAGGUAUUAUGGGGGCAUAGAACUGAUGACGAAAAAAUAUUGUACCAGAGUGAAUGCAACGAAAGACUUAAAUUGAUUGAUUUCCCAGAUUUAUUUAGAAAAUGCGCGGGUUGUUAUUGCGAUAACCAUAACCAUCGGCAGGCCAUUGAUACAUUGUAUAAUCAUAUAGUACGCUCUCUUAGUGAGGCGGCCGUUGUAAGUCGUUGUUAUCAGCGUAAAAAUAAUAAACAGCAGUCUGUAUUAGGAUGGAAUAAGCAUGUUAAGCCGUCUCACGAGGAAGCCAGGCUGCGGUUUCAGAUUUGGUUACUCCAAGGGAAACCCGAAUCAGGAAAAAUUUAUCAUGAUAUGUGUGAAAGUCGAAAAAUUUUUAAAUCGCGUCUUAAGUGGUGUCAAAACCAUCAGGAUUUAAUAAAAAUGGAGAAGCUUGCUACUCAUCAUAGUAAAAAAGACUUUGGCUCUUUUUGGAAGGAAACCAAAAAACUGACACCGCAGCCGGGGCAACCAAUUAGUGUAGGUGGGGUGAGCGACCCGAAAGAGAUUGCAGACCUUUUCAGGGAAUCCUUUCAAUUAACAUCGUCGCUGGGCCCAUCGCAAAAUGAGCGCAGUGCUGUGUCCAUCGGUGGCAAAGUAAAUAUGCAGUUUAGCGCAAAGGAUGUAAACAAUGUGUUACGGGCUAUGACGCGUGGAAAGUCGCCAGGUCAUGAUGGACUCAGCAUUGAGCAUCUUCAGCAUGCUGGUUCCCAUAUAUGUAGAUUGCUGUCAAUGCUGUUGUCGCUUUGUAUAAGUCAUUCGUAUUUGCCCUGUGACCUCAUGCGAACUAUUGUAAUACCAAUUGUAAAAAACAAGACGGGUGAUCUGGCGGAUAGGACAAACUAUAGGCCUAUAUCGCUGGCGACUAUAACGGCUAAGGUACUGGACGGCCUGCUUAAUGCUCAGCUUAAUAAAUACCUAAAGUUGCAUGACAAUCAGUUUGGGUUUCGACCCCAGCUGUCAACCGAUAGUGCAAUACUGAGCCUUAAGCAUACUGUCUCAUAUUACCUGCGUCGAAAAACAGCCGUUUACGCUUGUUUCCUUGAUUUGUCCAGUGCAUUUGAUUUGGUUUCCUAUGAUCUCCUUUGGCAAAAACUGGAGGACAUAAAGGCCCCUAAUGAACUUAUUAAUCUAUUCAAAUUUUGGUACGGAAAUCAAAUCAACAAUGUUAAAUGGAAUUGCACUUUAUCUGAACCAUAUAAGAUGGAAUGUGGUGUAAGACAGGGCGGGCUAAGCUCUCCGUCGCUAUUCAAUUUGUAUGUGAACGCGCUGAUCGAGGCGCUCAGCAGAGAGCAUGUCGGCUGUCACGUGGACGGCGUGUGCGUCAAUAACAUCAGUUACGCAGACGACAUGGCCCUGCUGAGCGCGUCGGUCUGCGGGCUGAGGAAACUCCUGUCCAUCUGUGAAGCAUAUGCUACUUCGCACGGCCUUAAAUAUAACAUCCGGAAAAGUGAGGUCAUGGUUUUUGGAGCUAGGAGUAAAGAUUUGUCCAUACCUACUAUUUCCCUGUAUGGUGUUCCUCUGAACAGAGUAGAAAAAUUUAAAUAUCUUGGACAUAUCUUGGCUCCUGACCUCAAGGACGAUGCCGAUAUAGAUAGGGAGCGAAGAGCGUUGUCGGUUAGAGCAAAUAUGAUCGCCCACAAGUUUUCGAAAUGCUCGGAAGAUGUCAAAAAAACUCUGUUCAGAGCAUUUUGCACAUCAUUUUAUACGAGUACUCUGUGGGCCCAUUUUACAAAAAAAUCGUACGACGCUUUUCGCAUCCAAUAUAACAACGCGUUCAGGGUGUUGUUGCGGCUGCCUCGGUUUUGUAGCGCAUCAGGCAUGUUUGCCGCGGCGCGGGUCGACUGCUUCUACGCGACGAUGCGGAAACGCGGCGCCAGCCUGGUGCGCCGCGUCCGAGCCAGCUCCAACAGCAUCCUGGCCAUGAUAGCGAGCCGGCUAGACUGUCCCUACAUCAACCACUGCUGCGAUUUGCAUGUAGUGAAUAAAAAUUAGGCUGCCACAUACAUUUGUUACUAACACUAGAUUAGAAGCUUCUUUGUAUACUACUAACAUUUUUUUUUAUAUGAGUCCUGGAUGCUCGAAAUAAAGAUUUUUAUUAUUAUU